AUGGCUGAGACGCAGGCACAGACACAGGCGCAGCCUGAUCAGCACGAACCACUCAAGUUUGAAGAGCUCUUCCUAACACAACACGAACAUUUCACCAUUCGUACGCUAUCACAAAUCCUGAAAUGGACCGAAUCCCUUGUUGGAGGCAGGGAGGUACCCCAUAAUGGCUAUGUAGUAGUGGGCGACGACGAAGAUCAUGCAGCAAGGUAUAGGAUCUUGAAUUCCUUUUGCCAAACGAUCAAUCGCGGUGGCGACGAAGUUAUCGCUCUGUUACCCGAGUCGUUCACCGGUACAGAGCUGACAGUGUUCAGCGCAAUGUCAACGGUUGAGGAAUACUCCUCCAAGAUUCCCUUCGCUUUGGUGCCGCACUUUGCUUUAGCGCUACUCAAACACGCUCACCCCGAGUCCUCCAGACAAGCUGGCAAAGACGCCUUCGACAACUUUGGCCUCUUUACGAUGUGUCUCGGCUUCCCCCGACUAUCUGCUCGGCUCGGCCUAGGCAUCAAAUCACGAAACUUCUUCCAGGUCAUUAUGUUGCGGUCCACUCAGAGUGAGGAUGAGGAUCAGGAAGCAGAGGAUGAAACGCCGAGGCCAUUCAAGCGUAAUGAAAACACCCAUUCUGCUGGCACCAGCUGCGACUGA